AUGUCGACUUUUAUAUCUUACUUUGUCGACGACCUCUCCAAGAAGGCCGCUCCCGCAGCAUCCUCCAGCACUUCAGCCGGAGUCCGCAUCACCUCCAACCGCUCCAAGGAGUUGCUUCGUGAACUCUUCAUAAAUGUGGAUCGCGCCCACUCGCUAUCAUCUCUUCGGCAAUGCAUAGGACAGCUGCAGGGCCUCGAGCAUGAGCAGCAAUUGCUAUCUGCAGAACUUGUUGGCGAAGAAGAGGAAUCGCUACGACAGGCAAUCUUGGGCAAGGUUGCGCUUGGGCUAUAUGCACAUGCGCUGACAACGUUCUUGGAAGAAGCUAGCGAGGCUGAGACGGAGCUGGAGUGGUGGUCUGAUCUGGGGCGGUCACGUACGAAUGUCGCGUACUAUGUCUUGCAAACGCUGCCCUUGCGCGUCGCGAACGCGUCGAUGAUGGUUCUUUCGACGUUGCGGUCACGCGAUAUCCCCAUCCAUCUGUCCACACUCAAGCCUGCUUCGAUUCGUCACCUUUUCCCGUCAGAAGGAUCCCUCCGUCCUCAUGCUCUUGCUGCCGCCAUGUUCCCCCAUUUGCAACGCCAACCAUACAACAUCACUCUUGCGACGAUGACCGCGUCCAUGUCCUCGACGCGAACAACCGUGCUGGCCCUACCAUACAGCCUCGCCCGCGAUGAAUGCGCAUAUAAGCAGACGGAGUUGUCUCGGAUACGCGAUGAUCGGGCGGAAGUCCUCGGCUCCCUAGUGAACCUGCGCGACCGCCUCGCGCUUGCCCUCCAGGAGCCCAGCAGCGACGCUGCGUUUUACGCGCUCGCGGAGUUCGCCCAAUACCUGCAAGCUGUUCUCGAUGGAGGGGACUCCGAUCUGGUCGGUUCAGCGGAUAGACAUCCGGGGGCAGUAUUGGAGUCGCUGUCCACCCUCGCGAACAUCACCCUUCCAUCACACGCGUCGCUGCACGGCGCAGAAGUGAAGGCCAACCAACUCAAGCGACCUUCGCAGCUGACCCUCCUCUGGCCGCGACUGGUAUUUUUACCACCGUUGGUGUUGUAUGCGAUCAAGACGGCGUACGCAUCGCGCGCCACACUGGAGGAUUUCGCCAAGGAAACAUUCGAGACCGUCAAAGGCUUUUGGGAAGAUUGGGUUAUCACACCCAUCCGCGGCAUUAUCCAUACUGUGCGCGCGGGCAGAGAAGACGGCGUCAUUGUUACCAAAGAUAGCGUUCGGGCGGACUUAGAGUCCCUGGAGCGUAUGACACUUGCUCUCGCACUGGAGAAGUUACAUUACUCAUCCGCACAGCUCGAGUUGCUGUCAAGACAGGUCCAAGCCGGAGACCUUACCGCGGUCAUGCAGAUCUAUGAGGACGAUAUCAAGACGCCGCUCAAGUCGGCCGUUCAAGGCACGCUCCUCCGCUCGCUGUUCAUCCAGAUCCAGAAAACGAAGGUCGAUAUCAACCAGGCGCUUUCCGGAAUCGACAAGCUUCUCAAGAGCCAGGAGCUCACUUUCGCCUUUGUAGGCGUCGCCCCCGCCCUCACGAUCCUCUAUGCCGCCGCGGGCUACAUCGGCACCGUUCUGUCCGGCGGAAGAGGCCGGGGCCGAUACGGAGGGAAAGCGAGGCGCAGCAGCGUCUGGCUCACGAUGAGACGCCUCGAACGCCUCCUCGUCUCCGAGCCGGCGCCGUCGCACGGGCACCACGGAGACCGGGUACGCGCGCGCCAGUCCGUGCUCUCCUUCGCGUCGCUCGACGCGUCCGCCGCGCCUGACGCGGUACCGCCGCUGACCGCGGGGCUGCUCCUGCUCUCGGUCACGCGCCUGCGGCGGUACGCGGAGAGCUCGCUCCCGCCGCGCUCGCGCCUCCACGAAGGCUUCCUGAGCGACGUCGCGGACCUCGAAAGCCCGAGCUUCGGGCGCGCGGACAAGUUGCGCAUCCUCGACCGCAUGUGGCGUUCCUGGAGCGAGCCGCUCGGGUGGAACCGCAUCGCGGCGUAG